UCUCUCCUGGCGGCUGUAACUUUCACCCGGACGUCUCCCGCUGGAGGCGAGGGAGAGACGCGGAGCCGGGAGGACUUCCGGGAGGACGAGUGAGUGAACUAGUGAACUAGUGAAGCUCCAUUCCGCACGUCGAGCUGUCUACGUGACGUCACGCGCUGUGUCGGCUGCGCGCGCUCUCCGUGGGGCUCGUGUCACUGAACGCUGCCUGAAGGGUGGCGAUAACACGCGGGACGUCCCCACGGGGUCAGGGGUCACCUGUUCUCUAAGCGUUGAAGAUGAGCUCCAGAGGGUCAGGUGAUCUGGAGGAGGAAGAGGAGGAAGACGAAGAGAGCGUGAGCUCCACAGAGGUGAAGAUGAGUCAGAUCGUGAUGAGUCAGAUCGUGAUGCCGUGUCACAGCAACCAUCGGCAGGAGCUGAGCGUGGGCCAGCUGCUGCAGUGGAUCGACUGCACCGCCUGCCUCGCCGGUGAGGGGGGGGGGGUGUGCGUUCCCUGCGUCACCGCCUCCAUGGAUGACAUCCACUUUGAGCACACCAUCAGCGUGGGCCAGGUGGUGAACAUCAAGGCCAAGGUCAACAGAGCCUUCAACACCAGCAUGGAGGUGGGCAUACAGGUGAGCUGCGAGGACCUGUUCUUGGAUCGGCACUGGAGGGUGUGUCACGCCUACGCCACCUUUGUUACCCAGCGCACACACACAGGGAACAAGGUGAUCUUGAAGCCCACCGUGCCUCACACUGAGAAGGAGCAGGUAGAAUACAGCGUGGCAGCUGAGAGGCGGCGGGUCAGGAUGCUACACGAUGACAUCAUCAAGGACCUGCUCUCCCACGGGGCUGUCCUGCAGGCCAACAGCUGUGCAGCAGGCGACACGGUGGCAGCCGAGAAGACCUCUGUGGAGAGUGUGGAGCUGGUCCUCCCCACUCACGCUAACCACCAGGUGAACACGUUUGGGGGACAGAUCAUGGCCUGGAUGGUGAACGUAGCUACAAUUGCUGCCAGCCGUCUCUCUCGGGCUCACCCCACCCUGAGGACCAUCGACAUGUUCACCUUCAGAGGACCUUCUCAGGUGGGAGACCGGCUGCUGCUGAGGGCCAUCGUCAACAACGCCUUCAAGAACAGCAUGGAGGUGGGGGUGCGAGCAGAAGCCUACCAGGAGGAGGGGCCUAACCGACACAUAAACUCCGCCUUCAUGACUUUCGAGGUGCUCGACGACCAAGGGAAGCUGUGCACGUUGCCACGGAUACGACCCGAACCCUUGGAAGGGGGGAGGAGGUUCCAGGAGGCCAUAGCCAGGAAGAAGAUCAGACUGGACAGAAAGUACAUCAUCUCCUGCAAGCAGGGCGUAGUCCCUCUGUCUGUGCCCUGGGACCCCAGGAACCAGGUGUACCUGAGCUACAACAACGUGUCUGCUCUCAGGGUGUUGGCUGCUAGGAAGAACUGGAGGCUGUGCUCUGAGAAAGACCAGGUCCGUCUCUACACCAUGGAGCAGAAGUCCACGCUGAGCUUCAGGGUGGAGUCAGAGGUGGAUGUUCCCGCCCACAGAGCCUUUGAUCUGCUGGCUGAGCUGAGCAACAGGCCAGGCUGGGACACACACUAUCAGACGUGUGAUCUGAUCCACCGGGUGGACGAUGAUGACUUCCUGUAUCGAGUGGUGACCCCGUCAGUGAGCGACGGUGCCGUGGGUUCCCCCACUUCAGCCCACCGGGGAGACGGGGUUCUCCAGGACUUCAUCCUGUUGGCCUCCAAGAGGAGGCCGUGUGGCAGCGGAGACCCGUACGUCAUCGCCCUGCGCUCCGUGUCCCUGCCCACCCACCCCCCCACCGAGGACUUCCACCGGGGGGAGGUCCUGUGUGCCGGCUUCACCAUCCUGCAGACCAGCAGCCGCAAGUCCCUGGUCAGUUACUACAACCAGGCGUCUCCAGAGGUGGUUCCAUACAUCUCCACAGACAUUGCCGGACUCUCCUCCUCCUUCUACCACAACUUCUGCUCCUGCAGCCGGUACCUGACCAGGAACCGGCUGCAGUCCGCCUCGGAGGAGCAGGAGGAGCAGGAGGAGCAGACCUCCUGUGAUGUAUGAGCUGACGUCACCCAGCUGUGGUCAGAGGGACAGCCCCUCUGACCAUGAGAGGACCAUGAGGGACUGAGCAGCGCUCUGCCAGGAGGGAAGUGGCACUGAAGGGUUAAUCUGUGUCACUAAGUCACUUCCUGUUUGCUAAAGUCAAUCUUCAUUUGAUUCUGAAUCUAACCGAGUGAGAGGUUUACAAUAUAAACAAAUAAAAGCUUUUAUAGGACUAUUA